CUGUUACAGUUCGUUGACGUUGAAGAUAUUGAAUCGUUUGGUGUAUGUGUGGAAGGGUAUCGACCCAAUGAUGAAACCGAAACUGUGCUUCGAAACUGGCACUCAACCACUAUAGAGAAACGAAUAACGUCGACAUUAUUGCAUUCACACAGCGGAUCUGUUUAUGAAUUACGCGGUUCCAUUGAUAGGGAUCUUGCAUUUCAACUUGGAUAUCCCGCCGAACUUAUUGCCAUGUUUGCUAAUGGUUUUCCAGAAAAUUGGAAAAGCACGCUAAAGGAGUUCUUCUAUGUUGUGUUAGUUUCCUUACCUGCUAUCUGA